AUGGACACUGAGUGCAAGCUCAAGACCGUUGGAUGUACAUAUCAAGGGAAAGUGAGAUACGCAACACACCUAUUGUGUGGACCCGUUGCAUCUUGGUGGGAUAACGUAGUAGCAGUACACCCAGCUGAGAAGGUAUUCACCUGGGAAGAGUUCAAGAAGAAGUUCAGGGAAUUCAAUGUCCCUGAGAGUAUAAUAGAGUUGAAGCGUAGAGUGUUCGAGAGUCUCGAACAGAAGGACAAAGCAAUUCUGACCUAUGUUAUAGAGUUCUCAGGGCUAUCCAGAUACGCCGCUGAGGAAGUAAAUACCGAGGAUAAGAGAAAGAAAAGAUUCACGAGGGGAUUGAAUCCUAAUUUCAAGAUGCAGCUCAGAAUGUUGAGAGCAACGGAGUUCCAGGAAUUAGUUGAUGCCGCAAUCACCCUGGAGGACGAUUUCAAACAGGUACAAGAGGAGAAGCGAAAGAAGGCCAAGUUUGAGCCAAAGAAGUUUAUUAGCAACAUACCCAAUACCAGUUUGAGUUUCAAGCCCAGAUACAACCCCAAUAACAACAGGAGGACCUCAGGAUCCCAGUAUAUGGCAAACAUUAUUUGCCGUAUUUAUGGAAUUAAAGGACAUUACUCAAAGGAUUGCAAAAGGCCUAAAGUGAUUUUCUAUGGUUGUCGCCAGAAAGGGCAUAUGUUGAAAGAUUGCCCUAACAAGAACAAUGGAGGAGGAAAGUCAGGAGGAUGA